AUGUCUCAGCGCUCCACUGUUCACGUCUCGGGCAUCUCGUCCGAAACCUCCGACAAGGAGGUCGAGGAGUUCUUCAGCUUCUGUGGCAAGAUCACCUCUAUUUCAGUGACACCCAUUUCCAACGAGCCAGCGGCCCCCAAGUCUGCCACUGUGACGUUUGAGAAAGAAGCCGCGGCUAAGACCGCCUUGCUUCUGGACCAGACCAGGCUACGAUCUUCACCGGUACACGUCCAGGCUGCCCAAUCGCUUGAGGAUAUCGCUGGCCCGAACACCUCCACCGCCGCCGAAGCCAAAGACGAGAACGGUGGUCAUCUCGAUCAAGAAGAUAAGCCCAAAUCUCGCAUCGUCGCGGAGUACCUGGCGCACGGCUAUGUUGUCAGCGAUGGUGCCAUCCAGAAGGCCAUUGCCCUCGACCAGAAGCACGGAUUCUCCACGAAAUUCACGACGGCCCUGAGCAACUUCGACCAGAAGUACCAUGCCACUGACCGAGCCCGCGGAUUCGACGAGAGCUAUAAACUCAGUGACAAGGCGGUGACCGGCUGGCGUGGUCUCAACUCGUACUUCACGAAGGCCCUGGAGACCCCGUCCGGAAGGAAGUUGCAUGAAUUCUACGUCAAGACUGACAAACAGGUUCGCGACAUCCACGCGGAGGCCCGACGUCUAGCCGACUUGAAGAGCGGGAAGCCCGCACAGGGUGAAUCGAGUGAGGUCUCAGCCACUAGUACCGCCGAGACCACAAACGUUGCUCCUGUGUCUGCGUCUUCGCCUGCCCCUGCUACAGUGCCAGCUACCAAUGUGGAUUCGGGGGCUGCACAUGCUGCACCCGAGAAAUGA